AUGUUGUCUGUUUGGCGCCACAUAUAUAUAUAUUUUUUUCGUGAAUCGGGGGUUUGCUCUGUGCAUGUGGAUAUUUUGUUGGCAUCGCGGAGGAUCUUGCAGAUUAUUCCUAUUCUUACUUUUAUUAUUAUUUCUAUUUUAUUUUUGCUGUUGUUGUUGGGUGUGCGUGGCGAUCUAAUUGCACCAGCGCGUUUUUAUGGCGUUUCAAUGGAUCAGCUGAAUGUGUCUGCAUCCAUCUUGUGGAGCAACGCAAGGCAUGACUUGUUUCCGGCUGACGUGGUGCUCGGGGAUGUUGCCGUUGUUGCAAGUGCCCCGGCCACGAUUCAGUUCUUGGGAAACAGUGAGGUGUCUUUUGAGGGUGGCAUGGCGCUCGUGGAGAGUUGUUGCACCGGGAGGAAUUCACAGAUGUUUCUUCUUGUGUUCACAGAAAGCGAUAUGAGCCUGGCGCGCAUAUUUGUGGCCGUCCAAUCCUGCGACAUCGUUGCCCACGUGGAACCGCUGGGGGGAUUACGUUCGUUGGCUCUCUGCGUCGACAUGGAUGGCCAGCUGAGGUACUUGGUAGUGGGCCCGCUGCCAACGUCAGCGAUGAUGGAGGCGUGUUUUGCGACCGGUAGCAGUGCGAAAAGUGAGUCUGAAAUCGCAGACCCGUCAACUCGUUAUCCUCUCGGCCACGAGAGUUCCGUCCGCGUGGAUUUGCCGCGGGUUGUUGACGGCAGUAGCUCUUGUGUAACGGCUGAAGGGGGCCGCAACUGCAGAGGCGGCAGCAGCGCGGACGAUGUUGUGAAGAUUUCCGUUGGACUCCUGAGAGACAAAGUGCUCAGCGUGCUUUCCGCCCAAAGGCCACAUCUUUUUGAGUUCCCAUGGAACGUUAGCAAAGGCAUGAUGACGUGGUUGAAAAGGCGAGAGGUGCUGGAGGCGCUCAGUCCGCCCUCACUCGGCCGUGCAGUAUACCUUAUUGCUGGUCACUGCACCUUUUUUGCAUCGUCAGAGGCGGCCUGCAAUGCAACCGCCUGUCACGCAUCAGACAGAAGACCAAUUGGAGCGUUGCGGGGCCUCGUUGCCGUGAUUCGCAAUGCCCUUGUGUUACUUCCGCUGGAAACAAACUGUGGCACAUCUCCGGGUACACUUGUGGUGCGCUGGAAUCAACUACUUGGGUACCAGGCCAGCGAUGUCCUGAAAUGCACGAGGGUAUUUCACGUGGCGAUGAGUGACGGAUGGAAAAAACAUGAUCGAGGUGCAUUUUUGCCCUGCGGAAUAUGGCUUUCGAUAAUUUUUCCCUCGUGGAGUGACUGCAACGCCAUGGAGUAUGCGUUGCGCACGGCCUACAUCUCGGCGACGGGCAUCGAAUGUCGCGUCCUUGAGCGGGGAAAAAAUGUCACUGUGGGGGACGCGGAGGUGUGGGGAGGCGUCUGGCCGCCAUCACUGAAGGGAACGACAAGUGCAAAGUGUAACGUUUCCUCAACAAUGAUGAUGAUGGAGCCGGGAUCAGCCGUGACGACCCGGCGUAAUUUGGCGAGGAAGGCGGAGCUUAUGCCACCAUCACCUAAGAUAACAACAGAUUUGGUGGUUGAUUGUGACGGUCGUGGGGAGGCUUGCAUUUCACGCGCGGGUUUUGUUUGGGUGCUCAUACAUCAAACGUCUUCUGUUUUGCUGCUUGUGGAUCAUGUUGCCUGUCGAAGUAUGACAGCAACUGCUGCUUCUGGUGGUAGUAGAAAUCCAUCGGAAAUUGCGGAUCUUUUUAUUGACGCAUUCACUGAGCUGCGUUCAACUCCCACACCUGGAGGGAUCGUUGGAAAUGGCGUUGACAUAUCGUUGGUUCAUGCUGCUAUUUGUGCUGAGUGCUCUUUGCGACGCAUUCCACCUGCGUCAAUGGACCCAUGCCUUUGCUGUGGUUCAGUGACAAAGCCGGUUCGUUUGUCACCUUUAUCAUCACUGGCCGUUGAGAGCCAUGAGACGAUCGAGAAUUUCUUUCCGAUGAUAAUGUCGCCUAUGUGCGCAGUGAUCAUUGUGAGGUUUAUAAUGGAGCACACUAGCGAGGCUUGGGAUGCCGUACGUGAGCGAGUUUUGCCAGCGAGAGAGAUGGCCGUAAAUUUCUCGGAACACAUUAUCCCCAACUUACUUAUUGCGUUGGACGAAAUGCGGGAAUUCCCCUUCAUUUUGUCAUUUGUAUUCAAGAACUUUUUUAUGCGUCUUCCCCCGCUGCCUCACAUUCACGAUUCUUGUGAAGAAGGUUCAGCGAAGUCGCAAGCCGCGGCGCUUCAUCUUGUGGUGCAGCUGUACUUUACUGGGUUGUGCCUUCAUGCGCGGGAGACAUACGGUUUGGGACUUCAAACUGGGAAUCUCUGGGAGGCCUUUCACUCUCUGCUGAAAUGGUGCGGAAAUGUCAUUGAGGCAGUGUUGCUGGGAGAAGAAAAUGACAUCCGCAGUGUGAAGUUACCGGAGGAGACCAUGCGGCGGGCGUUGACGGUGAGGGAUCCGCCAGCGGAUCACCCCUUGCGCCGCCUGGAGUCACUGUGGAUUGAGCAUGCACCCAGUAUGAUCACAGCCUCCCUUGCUCUUACUGCUGGGGGAGGUGCUAUCGGCGAUGAAGCGGCGAUCCAUCCACUGGCAGACGCAGCCGACGCAGCAGAACGUGGUCAAGCGAAGAAUUUGCAGAAGGGUCCCACAAAACCAUCUGCCCGCCAGCCCACAGAAUAUUUAUCGUUGGGUCCUUUUUGUAUGCCUCCAGCAUCAGGAAAGGAGAUCUUUUUUGCAGACCGAAAGCGGAGCCUCCGACGGGGAGAGAGAAAACAGGAAUUAAUGAAUGAAGUCUCCGUGCAGGUGUGUCACCUAUCGUCCCAUGCUGAUCUUCCUCCUGCCGCGGCGCAAGAAGGGGUUCAACAUCAGAAUCAACACCGGUGUUAUUAUCCGCGUUAUGGAAUAGAAACAGUUGAGGCGUCUGUGCAGACGGUGCGUACUUCCUCACAAGAAGAGGCGUUGUUGCGCUCUCACCUGCAACUGCAAACAAAGGUGCGCUACCUUGAGCGGGUGUGUGCCGACCAGCGGCCGACCUCCUCGGCAACAUCAAGUAUGCCACUAGCGGCAGAUGUAUCUGUACCAUUUCCUUACUUGAAGGCGUAUCGUUCGCAUCUUGAACACGUAACCGCGUUAGAAAAGCGGAUCGAUGAACUGAAGAGACUCUCUGAUGAGCGGCAAGAGGAGUUGUUCGCUGUGCAGAAGGAAAACUAUGCUUUGAAAAAGGCGUUGUGCGAGGCGACAUCCCCUUCGGGGAAUCAACCGGCGCCUUUUCAUGUCGCAUAUUUGAUGCUUUGUAGAGAAGCUUCACAAUUUAUGCUGGAGCGUGAGGAGCACGAGCGGGACACGAUUAUUUUCUCUGAGUGUAAAGAGAGGACGGCGCUGUUGUUCUCCCUUCUGCGUAGUUUCUCAUGA